UCUCUCUCUGUGUGCUAUAUCCCAGCUCAGGACUUCCCAGUGACUUUGCAUUUAGCCCCACUACUAGUCCCAAGUUUCGGAGUGCACAGGAGCAAGUUUGGAGCCUCUCCGACUCGAUAUUUCACUCCUGCAGAAAAAACAAGGAGCGCGUAAAAGGAUCGGUUUUACCUGUUGAUGAGGUCCCACCGGGUGUGGGACGCAGAGGAGCAGUCGGGUUUGUGCACACUGAAGAAAAGUGUGAAAAAGGUGCAGGCGACACACCUCUGCAGCGGCCAGGAGGAGUGAAGUGAGGGACCUCGGUUUUUCCUUUCCCCCAGCAGUUGCAGCCUGUGCUGGGUUGGUGGAAAAUGGGCACUCCGACCACUUCGAUCUGUGGACUUAUUCUCUCUUUGAUACUCACAUGCCAGCUGCUGGUUCCUGUGACUCAGGCCUCCAAGGUGUGGGGAGAGGUCCCGCUGCCAGAGGACUUGGAGGGCGAGAAAGACGUCCAGGCGUCUCAGAGCUUGCUGGACGAUGACGAGGACUUCGCUGCUGAUGAAGCUUCAGGAGAUCUGCCCAGUGGAGAGGAUGAUGGAAGCACACCGUGGCCUCCAGUCUCUGAGAGCACAAUUUAUUACAGAGCUCUCGUCAACUUCACCAACUCCCUUGUCUACGGCCCCGAGCUCGAGGACAUCUUCUCUCCAGCCUUUAAUGAGAUCUCUGAAGCAGUGGUGGACACGCUGGAGUCGGAGUACAACAGGAUUCCAGGUGUCCAGACAGUCAGCGUGGUCCUCAUUAAGAAGAUGAUAAGAGAGGAUGGCGUGGAUGUAUUUGUGGAGUUGGACGUGGGUUCUGACUACAACAGCAACGAUGAACAGAUCCGCAGCGUGCUGUACAACGUGGUGAAGGAGGGAGCCAUCGCUUCCUACGUCACAUCAGUCCAGGGCUUUCAGUUCAGAGAGCUCGGGGAAGUAACCCCGGGCAUCAGACCCUGCAUGCCAGAUGAGCACAGGUGUGGUGAUGGGACAUGUAUCCUGAUGGAAUACCUGUGUGACAACAGACCAGACUGCAGAGACAUGAGUGAUGAGACCAAUUGUGAAACAAGACGGCCAGCCCCUCCGGUCACCACUCCUCCUACCACCACCACCACCACCACCACCACUGGCAGGAAGCCCCCGCGGCCCCCCAGCCCGCCUGGACCCUGCAGAGCAGAUCAAGCCACGUGUCAGAGUGGAGAGUGUAUCCCUCGAGACUACAUCUGUGACGGAGAGAGGGACUGCUCGGACGGAAGUGAUGAGUUCAGAUGUGGUACUCCAUCUCCCUGUGAGCCCAACGAGUUCAAGUGUAAAAAUGGCCGCUGUGCCCUCAAGCUUUGGCGCUGUGACGGAGACAACGACUGUGAGGAUAACUCAGAUGAAACAGACUGUCCCACCAAGGGUCCUGGCGACAGGUGUGCUCCUGAGCAGUUUGAGUGCCUGAGCGAUCGCACCUGCAUCCCAGCUAGUUACCAGUGUGAUGACGAGCCGGACUGCCCUGAUCGCUCUGAUGAGUACGGCUGCACCCCUCCCUCUGUGACAAGCCCGCCGGAGGAGUCCAUUCAGGCAGCACGGGGGGCGACGGUGACGUUCACCUGUCAGGCCGUUGGAGUGCCGAUGCCCAUCAUCACCUGGAGACUCAACUGGGGACACAUUCCUCUCAGCGGCAGGAUCUCCAUGACCAGCGAGAAUGGCCGCGGCACUCUGACUAUUCGUGAUGUGAAGGAGGCGGAUCAGGGAGCGUACACCUGUGAGGCCAUCAAUGCCAAAGGCCUGGUGUUUGGUAUCCCUGAUGGAGUGCUGACUCUCAUAUCAAAUCCAAAUCCAGGAAACUGUCCUGAUGGUCACUUCAGUGUGGAAGGACGCUGUGUGCCCUGCUUCUGUGCUGGCAUCUCCAAAACCUGCAAGAACACUGGUCGCUACCGAAACCAGAUCAGCCUGCGUUUCACAGAGGAGGAAGACUUUAAAGGAGUGAAUGUCACCUACCCAUCCAGGCCAGGCACUCCUCCUCUCUCCUCCACUCAGCUCCUUGUUAACCAAGAGAUGGAGGAGUUCCAGCUCGUUGACCUGUCACGCCGUUUCCUCAACCUUGACUCCUUCUGGACCCUGCCUCGCCAGUUCCUGGGCAACAAGAUUGACUCCUAUGGAGGAUCCCUGAAGUUCAAGGUGCGGUACACGUUGGCCCGUGGUCUGUCUGAGCCUGUGGAGAAGCCAGAUGUGAUGCUGGUUGGAAAUGGACGCAGACUUGUCUACCGCAGAGGCAACCCCACCCCUGCCCGAGUGGUCAACCAGAAGGAGAUCAAAUUCACUGAAGAAAACUGGCAGCACUCUAAUGGCCGCCCCGUGACCAGGGAGGACCUGAUGAUGACACUGGCCAACCUGGACAGCAUCAACAUCCGCACCAUCUACGACAACCACAUGGUCAGCGUGGGACUCGGUGACAUCGUCAUGGAUACCACCACUGUGGAGUUCAGCACUCGGGGUCAUGCUAAGGAAGUUGAAGAGUGCAGAUGUCCUCCUGGAUACUCAGGCCUCUCCUGUGAGAUGUGUUCCCCUGGUUUCGAGCGCGUCCCUGGUGGCUCCUAUCUUGGCACGUGUGCUGGUUGUAACUGUAAUGGACACGCCAGUGCCUGUGAUCCGAUCAGCGGGCACUGUCUGAGCUGCCAGCACAACACAGAGGGCCCUCAGUGUGACAAGUGUCGCCCAGGCUACUUUGGUGACCCGAGCAGAGGUCGCCCAGAUGACUGCAAGCCCUGCCCCUGCCCAUACUAUGAGACCUCACGGCGGUUUUCUGACACCUGCUUCCUGGAUGUUGACCAGCAGCCAACAUGUGACGCCUGCAGGCCCGGCUACACAGGAAGACGCUGUGAAAAGUGUGCUCCUGGUUACCAGGGUAACCCUCUCCUGCCUAAUGGAAAAUGUGUCCUUAACCAAAGCCCAGGCAAGUGUGAUAACAGAGGAACUCUGAGCUCCAGCAGCAGGCCGUGCAGCUGCAAGAACAACGUGGCAGGCGCUGUGUGUGACGAGUGUAAGCCUGGAUUCUUCCACCUAUCAGAGACCAACCCUGAGGGCUGUCUACGUUGUUUCUGUAUGGGCGUGUCCAAACAGUGUGCCAGCUCCACUUGGAAUAGAGAUCAGGUGCGAGGAGGGGUGAACGGGCAGCUCUUCUCCCUCGCCAACAGUGCCAACACUAAAACUAUCUCUGAAGGCAUCUCCCAGAGGGGCUCCUCUGAAGUCGUCUACCGCUCAUUCUCCAGCGUCCCCAACGACAUCUACUACUGGGUCCUGCCUGAGAGCUUCAGAGGAGAUAAGGUGACGGCCUAUGGCGGGGAGCUUCGCUACACAGUGCGCUUUGAACCGUCCCAGCGCUCACUGGUGAUCGACGGUCAGCCAGAUGUGGUUCUCCAGGGCAACGGCAUCUUCCUGGAGCACUACUCUCAGACUAAGGCUCUCCCACGUGUCCCACAAACUGUCACCGUGACCUUCAGAGAGUCUGCAUGGCGUCGCGCUGAUGGGCAGCCGUGUACUCGUGAGCACCUGCUGAUGGCCCUGGCGGAUGUGACUGUCUUCAUGGUCAGGGCCACCUACGCAGACAACAUGGCUGAGAGCAGUAUCUCCGACAUCAAGAUGGACGUCGCUGUUCCUCACUCCACUGGUAAUGAACGUGCUGUGGAGGUGGAGGAGUGCGCCUGUCCACAGGGAUACAGAGGACCUUCUUGCCAGGAGUGUGAUGAAGGUUACACUCGUACCAGCUCUGGCCUUUACCUCGGCACUUGCGAGAGGUGCGACUGCAACGGUCACGCCAGCAGCUGUGACUCAGAGACCGGCAGGUGUCUGCAAUGUCUCCACAACACCGCCGGGCCAAGGUGUGAGCGCUGUCAGCCUGGUUUUUAUGGAAACCCGGUAACAGGCGGUGCUCAGGCCUGCCAGCCCUGCCCCUGUCCUGGAACCUCUUCCAGCAACCAAUUCUCCCCAACCUGUUAUCUGGAGUCUGACGGUCAGCCGACAUGUGAUAAUUGUCCCCCUGGAUAUACUGGCAGGCGCUGUGAAAGAUGUGCCCCGGGAUACACUGGCAACCCACAGCUUGGACAGAGAUGUACUGUUGGCAACAAUAACAACGAACUCAAUGGUAACUGCUAUAACUGUGACCAGAGAGGAAGUGAAGGCUGCAGUGGUGGUGUGUGCCGCUGCAAGAUGAACGUUGAAGGCCCGUCUUGCUCCAGCUGCAAGGCUGGAACCUUCCAUCUCAGCCCGCAGAACAAAGAUGGCUGCCUGUCCUGUUUCUGUAUGGGCGUCACUCAGCAGUGCUCCAGCUCUACCCACUACAGAGACCUGGUGUCCUCAGUCUUUUCUCCAGGGAACUUCCAGGGAUUCGCUCUGGUGAACCGUCAACGUACCAACCGCAUCGCCACUGGUUUCACCGUGGAGGUUUCCACUGAAGGCACUCAGCUGUCCUACACCAACUUCGACUACCUGGGACAGGAGCCUCAUUACUGGCAGCUUCCAGGGGUUUACCAGGGAGACAAGUACGCUCUGGUCUACAAAGGUUUCAGCUUGCACCAGGAUGAUCUGCUCUACUGGCAGCUCCCAGCGCAGUUCACAGGGGAUAAGGUGGGCUCUUACGGCGGCAAGAUUAAAUACAGCAUCUCCUAUGUGGCCGGUCCAAGAGGAACACUGCUCGAUGAUGGCGACGUCCAGAUUAUUGGGAAUGACAUCACUCUGGUAGCCCGUCAGCCGUGGCAGAGGAGGCAGCAGGGCAGCAGGGAGACUAACCAGUUUGAGAUUGUCUUCAAAGAGGAACACUGGCGCCGUCCUGAUGGCAUGCCCGCCACCCGAGAGCACUUGAUGAUGGUCCUGGCUGACCUUGACGACAUCCUGAUUCGAGCAUCCUACUCCACUGAGAUGCGGUCCUCCAGUAUCUUUGACAUCAGCAUGGAAGUCUCAGUGCCUAACUACAGCGGCUUGGCUCAGGCGCUCGAGGUGGAGCAGUGUCGCUGCCCACCUGGAUACCAGGGACUUUCCUGCCAGGACUGUGCUCCUGGGUACACUCGCACUGGAGGAGGUUUGUACCUGGGCCACUGUGAGCUCUGUGAAUGCAACGGCCACUCUGACUCCUGCCACCCUGAGACUGGCAUCUGCACGAGCUGCCUGCACAACACUCAGGGCGAGCUCUGUGAGCAGUGCGCUCCUGGUUUCUUCGGUGACCCCACUGUUGGCACUCCGGAGGACUGCCAGCCCUGCGCCUGCCCCCACACUGACCCAGACAACCAGUUCUCCCCCACCUGUGAGAGCCUUGGAAAUGGAGGUUACCAGUGCACUGCCUGUCAGCCUGGGUACACUGGCCAGUACUGUGAACGUUGUGCUCCUGGAUAUGUGGGCAACCCACAGGAGAGAGAGAAGUGUCGCCCAUACGAUGCUGCAGCCUCGCUGGUGGUGAAGGUUUAUCCAGAGAAGGUCCUGUCAUCCCAGGGCGGCCCUGUCACCCUGCGGUGUCAGGUGUCCGGCUCUCCUCCACAUUAUUUCUACUGGUCCAGAGAGGAUGGACGACCCAUCUCCAGCAGUGCUGACAGACGCAGACAAGGAGCAGAGCUGUACUUCCCCAGCGUGCAGCCAAGUGAUGCCGGCGUCUACAUCUGUACCUGCAGAGACCAGCGCAGCACCAACAGGAGCAGAGCUGAAAUUGUUGUCACAAGUGUUCCAUCCAAAGCCAUUGAGGUGACAGUUGAGGAGCCCAAAGCUCAGACUGUCAGGGUGGGGUCGACUGUCAGCUUCAUCUGCACUGCAAAGAGCAAGUCCCCAGCCUACACGCUGGUCUGGACACGGAUGGGUAACGGAAAGCUGCCCAACCGGGCUAUGGACUUCAACGGCAUCCUGACAAUUCAGAACGUCCAGCCCGAGGACGCAGGCGUCUACGUUUGCACAGGCUCCAACAUGUUUGCCAUGGACGAGGGCAACGCCAUCCUCUACGUGCCAGAGGCCUCACAGACUCAGAUGUUUUACACAGCCUAUGAAAUGUUUGAAGGACACGGAAAGCCUGCAGAGGGGGCCCAGCCUGUGGCCACCGUCACUCCCUCAGUGCUGAAUGUCCAGCAGGGCCAGCGGGCAGAGUUUCGCUGCACGGUGACCGGGAACCCAACCCCUGCCAUUGAAUGGAUCGGAGGUCCAGGGAACAGGAUGAGUCCCAGAGCUGUGAUCCGAGGUGGCGUACUGACCUUCACAUCAGUGGACCCAGCUGAUGAGGGAGACUACACCUGCAAGGCCCUGAACACUCAUGGGGAGCACAUGGCCCGGGUUUCCCUCUUUGUCCAAAAGUCUAACCCGAGUGGCCUCGGCACCCAGCCCCAAGUCCAAGUAAGUCCCCAAAAUAUCGAAGCCCACGAAGGCGACAACUUGAGGCUGUACUGCAGAGCGACAGGAGUACCCACCCCGAAGCUCACCUGGCUGAAGAACGGAGGACAGAUCCCUCCACAGGCCAUUCCCUCUCACGGUUUCCAUCAGUUUAAAAGCAACAGUCUCGAUGUGUUACAGAGACGUAUUGAGGAGCUGCAGGCUCGCAUGGACCGCACAGACAUCGGCACUCUGCUCAUCCCCAACAUCCAGAUGUCCGACGCUGGCACUUACAUGUGUGUUGGUAGCAACAGCAUUGGCUCAAACAGCGCUCCCAUUAAAGUGUCUGUGCUCAAAGCCGACCACAUCACCUCAGUGGUCACCAUCCAGCCAUCUAUAGCUGACGUCCAGGAGGGUCAGAGUCUGGAGCUCAACUGCUUCGCUCCUGGAAAUCCUCCUCCUCAAGUCACCUGGACGAAAGCCAGCGGACGCCUCUCCUCUAACCACCAGGUUCUGGGCAGUCAGCUGCGUAUCCUGUCAGCCACUCCAGAGGACUCCGGGGAGUACAUCUGUCGGGUUCAGGGCAACUCUGGAAACCCAGGAUCAAACAUCCACCAGGCCUCUGUGUCUGUGUCUGUCACCUCAUCUUCUUCACGUCUGCAGAGUCCAAUCAUCGCCAUCGAGCCCCACAGCGCUGCGGUGCGUGUGGGGGAGUCGGCCAGCUUCAGGUGCAGGGUGUACAGCGGAGCCCAGCCUGUCAGACUGGAGUGGAAACUGGCCAACAACCAGCCGCUGCCAGAUAACGUUGAAGUUGGCUCUGAUGGUUCUGUUCUCACCAUCACCAACGCCCGCUCCAUGAACCACGGUGCCUACCGCUGUGUGGCGAGCAACCCGUUCGGCAUCACCCACACCAUCGUGUCUUUGAUUGUCAAAGAGUCUCCCGUGGCCACCGUCACCCCUGUUGGACCUGUGCGUGUCAGGGUGGGUGAACCCAUUAACCUGGAAUGCCAGGCGUCAGGAGAGCCCCGCCCCUCAGUCUCAUGGCACAGGCUGGACAGCAACCGCAAGACCAUGCUGAGCAGCCCGGUGCCCAUGGAGUCUAAUGCAGUCAUGCAGAUUCUAGUGGCUCGUCCAGAAGACAGUGGCACGUAUGUUUGCACCGCACGCAACAACGAGGGCACCACUGAGACCAAGGUGGAGGUCCAUGUUGAGGGAGGCUCUCAAGUGCCCGCACCGCCCAGGGCCUCUGUUCCUGAGCCGCUGAUGGUGGUGGUGGAGGGACAGACUGCGACGCUGCGCUGUGAGGCACAUGGUUUCCCGUCCCCGAAGAUCACCUGGUCCAAGCUGCGCUCUCCUCUGCCGUGGAGACACAAGGUGGUGAACAACAGCCUGGUGCUGCCCACUGUGGGCCGCCAGGACUCAGGAGAAUACAUCUGCACUGCCACCAACACCAUGGGCACCACUGAGGUCACCAUCAUGCUCGAUGUGGAGACUCCUCCUUAUGCCACCUCUGUGCCUGACGAUGUGGCUGUGCGUGUCGGGGAGGUGAUCAGGUUGCAGUGCCUGGCCCACGGCACUCCUCCCCUCACCUAUACUUGGACCAAGGUGGAUGGAAACCUUCCCCCGAGGGCCCAGGUUAACGGAGGGGACCUUCAGAUCAACCUGGCCACAGCUGAGGAUGCUGGGAGCUACAAGUGUGUGGCCAGGAACAAAGUGGCCACCAGCGAAGUGAUCGCUAAAGUCACAGUCAGAUCCCCCUUGGCAGUGCGUGUGUCACCGCAGGUUGAAGUGAAGGCUCGGGGCAGUGCUGUGGAGUUCACCUGUUCAGCAGCAGGCGGUGUGGAAACCAAAAUUGAGUGGCUGAAGGAAGGAGGAGCCCUGCCGCCAAACCACCACGUCAAGGAUGGAGUGCUCAGGAUUGAGAACCUUGAGCAGAGCAAUGAAGGCGUUUACAUCUGCAGAGCCAGCAGUGUGUACGGUCAGGCCCAGGACACCGCCAGGUUGACCAUCCAAGCUCUGCCAAAGGUGAUGAUCAAUGUGCGCACCUCAGUGCAGACGGUGAUGAUAGGCAACUCUGUGGAGUUUGAGUGCCAGGCCGUUGGCGACCCAGAGCCCACGGUGAAGUGGAGUAAAGUGGGCGGGUCUCUGCCGUCUCACAUCAUGGUGAAGGGCGGCAUGCUGAGGAUCGAUCAGGUGACGGAGGCCGAUGCCGGGCAGUAUCGCUGUACGGCCACCAACGACGUAGGCUCAGUGCAGUCCCAGGUGGUCCUUAACGUCCAGUCUCUCCCUCAAAUCGCUGCACUGCCUGAAACCAAGGAGGUGACAGUCGGCUCUGAUGCAGUCUUGCCCUGUGUGGCUUCAGGAUACCCUGUACCUGAGAUCAAAUGGUCCAAGGUGGAAGCAGAGCUUCCUCCAAAGUGUUUCCAGGAAGCCAACGUGCUGACGGUUCCUCGUGUCACCCACGAUGAUUCUGGGACCUACGUCUGCACCGCCUCUAACAAACAGGGCAAAGUGGAGGCCUUUACUACACUUCAAGUUCAUGAGCGAGUGAUGCCAUACUUUGCCCAGGAGCCUUUGUCCUACCUCACCCUGCCCACCAUCAAAAAUGCCUACAAGGCUUUCAGCAUCAAGAUCAACUUCAGACCUGAUAAUGUUGAUGGUCUCAUAUUGUACGCUGGUAUGAUCCUCUACAACGGCCAGAGGAGGACCACAGGAGCAGACUUUAUCUCGCUGGGACUUGUUGGCGGACGUUUAGAGUUCAGGUUUGACGUGGGCUCCGGCAUGGCCACCAUACGCGACCCCAACCCUGUCAAACUGGGCGAGUUUCACACGGUUGAGCUGUAUCGCAACCACACACUGGGCUACAUCAUCGUAGACGGAGGGGAGCCGAUCAACGGCAGUUCACAGGGCAAGUUCCAGGGCCUGGAUCUGAACGAGGAGCUGCAUGUGGGUGGUUACCCCAACUACACCCUCCUCGCCAAAACUGCGGGCAUUAAGUCUGGUUUUGUUGGCUGUAUCCGCCAGCUGGUCAUCCAGGGUGAGGAGGUCAUCUUCAAAGACCUUGACCGCAGCUCGACUGGUGUCACAAACUGCCCCACCUGCAAAGACCACCCAUGCCAGAAUGGAGGCAGGUGUGAGGACUCAGACGCCAGCUUGUAUAAGUGCAGCUGCCCCAGAGGAUUCACCGGCAGCAACUGUCAGCACCACUCAUCCCUGCACUGUCACUCAGAGGCCUGCGGACCAGACGCCACUUGCAUCAACCGUCCAAGUGGCCUGGGUUAUGACUGCCGCUGCCAUCUGGGCAAGUUUGGAAACAAAUGCAUGGACGGCGAGCUGGUGACCACUCCACUGUUUGAUGGCGAGGAGUCAUACAUAGCCUAUCCUCCCCUGACCAACAUCCACGAUGACCUGCGUGUUGAGCUGGAGUUCAAGCCCCAGGAAAGAGACGGUCUGAUGUUCUUCUGUGGAGGAAAGAAGAUGAAGGUGGAGGACUUUGUAGCCAUCUCCAUGGUGGAGGGACAUGUGGAGUUCAGAUAUGAGCUGGGCACAGGCCAGGCAAUCCUUCUCAGUCCAGAGCCUGUCUCUCUGGGCCAGUGGCACAGAGUUGUGGCUGAGCGAAACAAGCGGGCCGGCCAUCUGAAGAUUGAUCAAGGCCCAGUGGAGAGGAAGACGUCUCCAGGAAAAGCCCAAGGCCUCAAUAUCCACACCCCUAUGUACCUGGGUGGAGUCCCCAACAUGGACAUCCUGCCUAAGCCCGCCAAUGUCAGCGAACUGUUUAAGGGCUGUAUCGGAGAGGUUUCCAUCAACAACAAGAAGGUGGAUCUGUCCUACAGCUUCACAGACAGCAGGUCGAUCCGCAAGUGUGUGGACAACAGCCCCUGUGACCGCCGGCCCUGCCUGAACGGUGGUCAUUGCAUGUCCAGCGUUGAAUAUGAGUACCAGUGCCUCUGUAAGGAUGGAUUCGAAGGCGAGCGCUGUGAGGUGGUGAAAGACGUGUGCCAGAGCAACCUUCAGUGCCAGAAUGGCGGCAACUGUGUCGACGGCCAGUGUGUGUGUACACCCGGCCACACAGGCCUGAACUGUGAAGAAAGCCAGGUCUCCAGCUCCCCAGCGGCCCUGUGGAAUUUGGAAAGUAGCGAGGCAAAUGAUUCACCCUAUCAGUAUGCAGCUCAUUUCCACGAUGAUGGAUACAUUGCCCUUCCUAAAUCCAUUUUUCCAAGAAGUGCCCAUGACUCACCAGAGACCAUCGAACUGGAGAUCAACACAAGCUCCCCUGAGGGCCUGAUCUUAUGGCAGGGAGUGGAGACCACUGGCGCACGCAAUUUGCGAAAGGUGCAUGCUAGUAAAAAGGAACUCGGAGAACACGGCAAAGGCAAGGACUUCAUCAGCCUCGGUCUGCAGAACGGACACCUUGUGUUCAGUUACCAGCUGGGCAGCGGAGAGGCAGAGAUCUUGUCCCGGAGGUCAAUCAAUGAUGGGAGAUGGCAUAAGGUCACAGCAGUCAGAACUGGAAAAGAUGGAUACCUCCAGAUUGAUGGAGGGGCCGCGCUACAUGGACAGUCUAAAGGCAGAAGCCUCAUGGUCAACACCAAAGGCAGUAUAUACCUUGGCGGAGCCCCGAACAUGGCUGCUAUGACAGGAGGGAAGUUUUCAUCUGGAAUGACGGGCUGCGUGAGGAACCUGGCACUGAUGAACGCCCGGCCGGGACAGCAGCCAGCCCAGGCCAUCGACCUGCAAACCCACGCAGCCCACGGCAUCAACGUGCAGCCGUGCUCUUCAUAGAUCGCAGCACACACACAACAGACACAGACAUACUCAAACACACACAUACACACACACACAGAGACUAUGGAGUGAUGUCAUACACACACACACACACACACACACACACACAAACACAGCCGACUCACACAGAGAGACUUGGUGCUUUGCUGCUACCAAAAAAGAAAAAACCAAGAUGACACAACAGGAUAUGUUUCUCUGUGUGCAGUAAAACCAAAAAAGAGAGAAAAAAUGAAACGAUAUUAACAAGUCUUCUCUUCCUCAGUGUUGUAUUCUCAAUGAAGGACUAUUAACACAGGAGAACCAGUACAGUUUACAUACUUCCAGCAGUAGUUUUAGCCAUGAGAAGAGUAAAACAUAUUAGGCCUUCUACGAUGGGUCAGAUCCUAUGGAGUUGGAGAUGUUUUUACAGCACUGAAUUUUUAUUUAUAUACAUAUGAAUAUAUAUAUAUUAUAUUUGUGGGGGGAAAACAUGCAAACUAACCAUUACUGCUCUUCAACUUUCCUAGAGUUUAUUCUGGGUUCUAAUACUGUGUGUCCGGGGCUUUUUAUAGGCCUAACUGUAUUAAUACUUGAAGAUGUUUAGGCCUUCUUUCUUCACUUCUGUAGAGGAACCUUUUGUUGUGUUUGCGAGCAUGCUUACAGUCUUUGGGAGAGGAGCGCACGCGGUCACGGUCACACAUGCAGCUUCAGUACACAACUCAGGUCGUCGAAUACAAAUCAAUAACUGCAAACGUUCUGCCGCUUUCACUCGGCUGAUUUUUUUUUUGUUGGUUUUCUUUGCGAGUCAUCCACAGCGCUGUUGUGUCUUCUGUGUCUGUAUUUGUUCUUUUUUAUGAAAAAGAAAGAAACCUUGGUGCUAACGUCAGACAUGAAGAUACAGCACACAGUCAUACGGUUGCCUGUCUGUCACAUGUAGAGAGGUGUCUUUUUUUUAGUGAUUUGGUUACUUAGAUUAAAAACAAUGCACAACAGUUUAAACUAGUGUCGCAUUUGUUGAUAUGCAUGGCAUUUGAGAUUGAUUUUCUAAGAAUACGGCAUGAUUUCUUGCCUCCGCAGCCUUAUUUUAAUUGAGUAGAUCUCAAAAACAACAGUUUUAAAGAGCUGAGAAGGGUCAUUUUUUUAUGUGUGGUUGUUGAACAUAUUGUUUUAUGUGUAAAAAACUAUCUGCCAGACAGGUAGAUAUCUCUAGAGAAUGACGAGUGUGUAUGCUAGUACAUGUGUUCUUUAUGUAUUUCUCAGCAGCUUCCAUUUCCAACAGGUCACCCUACAGUGCUUUAAGCCCCAGUAUGGAGUCCGCUGUAUGUGUGUGUGUGUGUGUGUGUGUGUGUGUGUGUGUGUGUGCCUGUGUCAUUAUCCAUAUCCUCAGGAGGGUCAACCCAGAACUGCCUCAAGAUGUUACUUAAUUUUCAGGUUUGGUAGCUUUAGUGACAAAUCAGUAAGCUAUAAAACUCUGAAGGCUCUGUGGUUUGCUCUGCAGAAGGAGAUUCAUCCUGCGACACAGUUGGGAUAGUGUCUGGUCGUGUGGGAAUGCAGUGGAAGCCUCCUGCAGGUGCCGUGACCGGUCGUGUUGCUCUAGUAAAGCAUGCUCGCCCACCUUUUAGUCGACCACACCACGAAAACCACGACGGCACGAUCACUUUUUGGGGGUUCACAAGCCUUUUUUUCUCCUUUUUUGUAAGCUUAAAAUAUUUGUAUUAAUAUCCUAAAAAUGAGCACUAUCCUUUCACUUAGAGUCGCCUCAUUUUUAUUUAUUUUAUGUUUUUUUUUCUCUUUUUCUUUUGUUUCAAGGCUUCAUUCUGCUGUUUUAGAGCAAUCGCAACUUGCUUUUUUUCUUUUCUCUGGUUAUUGUGUAUUGCCUCCCACAUCCCCUUGUUUUUCCCCUCAUGUUUGAGUUUGAAUACAGAGCCCCUGCAUGGGAAGUUCAUCACAAAUCCCCCAAUGAUGUUCCAUGAUUUGUAAAACCUGGAACUGCCUGGUCAAACGGUUGGAAACUGGUCUUAUUAUUCACUCAAUGAAAAAAAAGUCUUAGGCUACAAAUACAAUGAAUUAUUUGUCAUAAUGUUUGUUCGCAUAUGAACAUGUGGGUCGAGAAGAGCCACUGCUGUGGUCCAGGUUUAGGACACUGAAGCAGAGAACGAUGGUGUGUGUGCCCCUUGUUGGGUGCCUUUUGUGUAUCUGCUCUUAAACUGGAUUUUCAUAUAUAUAUAUAUACACUGUACACUGUUGCCCAAUGCAAAGUUGUCAAGAAACUGCAACUGCUUUUUGAUGUUUUUAGGCCAUUGCAAAAUAUGAAAGGUGCACUUUUAGUAAUGAUGGAAGUUUUUAUUUUAAAAUUUGUUUCACUUCUGAAUGGCAGAAAAAGCAGAUGACUCGCUCAAGUGAAUGAAAGUGUACCAGAUGAAAUAUUGUCCACGUCAGGACGACCUGACUGCUCCAUUUCCAAUGUUGAAAAGACGCUCCCCUUGCCCCUGGUGUUUCUUAAUUAAAAACAAAAUUCAUGUGCUAUUUGUAA